AUGACUCCAGAAGACGCACUUAAAGCACUCGUAAACAUACAAUCCAAAAUUGACACAGCCAAUGCAGAAACCCUAAAGGAAGAGCAUAACUUAAAACUGUCAUACUUCAACAGCCUAAAGGAAACAAUGGCUGAGAGAGACACUUUAAUCAAGGAAAUAGACGGAUUCUGGGAGGCAGUUCUAUGCUGCUCAGAAUGUGCAGAGCUGCUUGCAGAAAUGGACUACAGAGAGGGACAGGAGGAGACUUCUAUAGAUAUAUCCUGGAUUGAUGAAAUAAUUGUUGAAUACAGAGAGGAUUUCAAGUACUACGUUGGAAUAAAGGCAAAGGAAAAUGCGUACUUUAAGAACACUCUUUUAGAGAAGGAGUUUUCGCUUUUUGAGGGACCAGAGUGCAUAUCCACCCAAAUCGAAUGGAAAAACAAGAAAUUAAUAGAGAAUCCACUUGUCAGAUUCUUUAGCUCAGCAGAUUCUUCAGAUGAUGACACAAAUAUGGCCAUUUUCCAGUUGCUAAGUGAUAUUUACUUCAAUGCAGUGUACUACUAUGUGCGCCUGCCAGAGGACGAGUCAGACUGCUGCGAGCACAAGCACUGA